AUCUUCCUGGACCAUGAGUGGUGGUGUGAACCUGAAGACGAUGUCUCAGAGCGGCUCUGGUAUUCCUCUGCCGCGGAGCCUGACCAGCCUCUCCAAACAGGACACCAGAGGCUUGAGCGGCGCUUUACUGGGUCCAGCUGCCCAAAACCAGCUGGCUGGACGAACAUCCACAUUAUCUUCCUCAGCCUCAUCCAUAUCGUCUCUAUCCAUCUCAAAGGAGUUACUCAGAUGGAGAACUCAGUCUUCACAGGGAACACAUGGGACGUCUGGUGGCACAAACAGGCCGUCGUUUGCUCCCAGUUCGGCCCACAGCAGCCCACAUGUGCCCAGACGAGAGAUGAUCCCAUUCAAAAACAGCCUCCGGAGGGGCUCGUUGCCCCAGGAUGGAUUCAGAGACAUGGAGAGACACUCCAACAAGAACUGGAGAUCUGGCCACCAUCACUUCAGGAGUCUAGACAAUGAGGUUGUUGAAUCUUCUCGAGAGCAACAGACGGGUCAAGCCCUUCACAAGCCUACCAACGGGAACGUCAUUUGGGAAACGUCAACUGCUGUUCAGAGGGACUUUCAGAAGCAGCGGAUGAAAAUACUGGCUCGUGGUUACGGCAACAGUGGAACGAUUGCGUCUAAAUCCAAGGCGUACGGCACAAACGCGGGUCCUGCAGGAAGGGAGUCUCCGAGCAUGGCAGCGGUGGCACCUUUCAGAUACAGGUGA